GUGGGCACAAACAAGUUGUGCAGAGAAUUCCGAGGCCACGGCCCAACGAUGUUGAACUCCUCGUAGUCGGAGACGUAACGGAAGCAGAUUCUGAUUCUAAAAUCUCCCGGCUGAGAUUCAGAUGAAUUGGAAGUUAUGAUCGUACUGCGCAUCUGGCGCACUGCAACUCCGCCACUCCUGUCUUCUCCAUUUACUUCUUCACAGCCAAUACACCCCCCACCUCCAAACUUGACAUUUCCCCUAGCUAAAAUCUCUCUCGGAUUUAACGGUGCACGCAGCUUAACCUUCACUCGUCGUCGCACAAAUCAUCAACCAAGAACGGCCAAUUCCUACAUGGCCGAGGUCGAUUCUAGCGUCGUAAAUCCAACUAAUGCCGAGAUAAUUGUGGUGCGUCACGGUGAAACAGACUGGAAUGCCGAUGGAAGAAUUCAGGGACAUCUGGAUGUUGAACUAAAUGAUGCUGGAAGACAACAAGCAGCUGCUGUGGCUGACAGACUAUCCAGGGAGCCUAGCAUCUCUGUUGUAUACUCUUCUGACUUGAAACGAGCUCUCGAAACUGCACAGAUAAUUGCGGCCAGCUGUGGUGGGCUAGAGGUAAGCAUCGAGAAAUUACUUUCUUGAAAAUUCAUAUCAUUUCAUUUUAAUUACUAGAACAGAUGU